AUGGAAGAAAGCAGAACAGGCACGCCUUUGAAUACCAAACCAUCCAAACCAUAUACUCUAACACCACCAAUUGAAGCUGAUGGACUCUCAUGGCCAAGUAUUGGUUCAAGAAUUAGAGCUGAGGAAGACGAAGAAGAUGAGCAGAAAAGAGUCGACAGAAUAUCUGAAGCUGUAAAGACGAUUCUGGUCGAAUUGGGAGAAGAUGUUGACCGUGAAGGUCUCUUGGAUACACCACAAAGAUUUGCAAAGGCUAUGCUAUACUUCACUAAAGGUUAUCAAACAAAUAUUAAUGAUGAUGUAAUAAAUAAUGCUGUGUUCGAGGAAGACCAUGAUGAGAUGGUCAUUGUCAGAGACAUAGAAUUAUAUUCCUUAUGCGAGCAUCACUUGGUUCCCUUUUUUGGUAAGGUUCAUAUAGGCUACAUUCCUAAUAAGAAAGUGAUAGGUUUAAGUAAAUUAGCAAGAUUAGCUGAAAUGUACGCAAGACGAUUACAAGUACAGGAAAGAUUGACAAAGCAAAUUGCUAUGGCAUUGAUGAAGAUUUUAAAACCUUUAGGUGUUGCUGUGGUUAUAGAAGCUUCUCAUAUGUGCAUGGUCUCCAGAGGUGUCCAAAAGACAGGCUCUUCAACUGUUACUUCGUGUAUGUUAGGUGGUUUCAGAUCACACAGGACUAGGGAAGAAUUCUUGAGUUUGUUACGUAGAUAG